GUUUGAUCCGGUCCAAUUAGAAAAUGACAUGCCCAAGAUCUGGAAUAACGUAAUCUCACUUCCGCUGGUAUUUCUUCCAUCUCCCUCUACGGCUCAUCUCUCUGCCAGGCGGUCAUACUGCUCUCUUCACCUUAGGUCGGACGAAGUCUAACUACGCCGUUCGUCUAAUAUCCUGAGCAGUGAAUAGAUGAAUCUUAGAGGGUGUUGUUGAGCCAAUACGCUGGCAGUGUUGCCUUCGUACGGAAGAGAGCCAAAAUUCUGCAGAUUAACUGUGAGCACGAUGUCUCAGUGAAAUCAUCAUUGUCACGCGGGAACAGCUAUCCCAAGCGAUGGGUCUGAGAGACAUUCUACCGCCAGUAAAAUCGAAUAGCAGUGAGAAAUAUGACCACUCAAAUGACCCAUGGUUUAAGAACCGGUACAGUGCCCCUGAGGCAGAAAUAGCUGCAGUUAUCAAGGCAAAACCAGUUCCCCCUUACUUGAAAAGAGCUGGGUUUAGGCCAUCUAAGCUUGAGGAUUUUGGGGAUGGAGGUGCCUUCCCAGAAAUCCAUUAUGCGCAGUAUCCUCUUGAUAUGGGGAGAAAAAAGGACCGCAACCCUCCAAGCAAGACAUUACCUCUUACGGUUGAUGAACAUGGUGAUGUCAGGUAUGAUGCCAUUGUGAAGCAAAAUGAGAACUCAAAGAAAAUUGUGUAUUCUCAGCACACAGAUCUCAUUCCCAAAGUACUGAAAGAUGAAAUUGAUGAAAAAGAGAUGGAUAGUGAUGAUAAGCAGAAGGUAAUCAAGGACACUGCCAUGGAGACAAAAGCUGCACUUGAGAAAAUAGUUAAUGUGAGGCUGAGUGCGGCACAGCCCAAGAAUGUUCCCACACAAUCCUCAGACUCAAAGUAUAUCAAAUACAAACCAUCCCAACAGUCAGCUGCUUUUAACUCAGGUGCAAAGGAGAGGAUCAUUAGGAUGGUGGAGAUGCCUGUUGACCCAUUAGAGCCACCAAAGUUCAAACACAAAAGAGUUCCAAAGGCUUCUGGCUCUCCUCCUGUGCCUGUCAUGCAUUCUCCACCCCGUCCUGUCACUGUGAAGGACCAACAAGACUGGAAGAUACCUCCUUGUAUUUCCAACUGGAAAAAUCCGAAAGGUUAUACGAUUCCACUCGACAAGCGUCUUGCUGCUGAUGGUAGGGGACUUCAGGAGGUCCAGAUCAAUGACAACUUUGCCAAGCUGUCAGAGGCUUUGUAUGUCGCUGAACAGAAGGCCAGAGAAGCUGUUGCCAUGCGAUCUAAGGUGCAGAGGGAGAUGAUGAUGAAGGAGAAAGAAAGAAAGGAGAUUGAACUUCGUGAGUUGGCCCGGAAGGCAAGGUCUGAAAGAACUGGUGGUGGGGGUGGUGUUGCACCGCCACCACCUGCACCUGCUGCUAUGCCUUCUGGAAUUAGUGUGGAUGAUGAUUACGAGCAUCAGCAUGCACCGCCUAAAGAGAGCCGAGAGGAAAAAGAAGAGAGAAUGAAGAGAGAGAAGAUCCGUGAAGAGAGACGCCGGGAGAGGGAGAGGGAGCGAAGGUUGGAGGCUAAAGAUGCUGCUAUGGGGAAGAAAAGUAAGAUCACUCGGGACAGAGAUCGUGAUGUCAGUGAGAAGAUGGCUCUUGGCAUGGCUUCCACGGCAAGAGGAGGAGAGGUGAUGUACGACCAGAGGUUAUUUAAUCAGGAGAAGGGGAUGGACUCUGGAUUUGCCACUGAUGAUGCAUAUAAUAUUUAUGACAAGGGUCUCUUCACUGCCCAACCUACCCUCUCCACUCUUUACAAACCAAAGAAAGAUACAGAUGCUGAGAUGUAUGGUGGUGAGGAUGAACAAAUGGAUAAGAUUAUGAAGACUGAACGGUUUAAACCUGACAAGGGAUUCACUGGAACUUCUGAGAGAACUGGUCCACGAGAUAGACCACUAGAGUUUGAAAAGAAGGAGGCUGAGGAGGCUGAUCCGUUUGGGUUGGACCAGUUCUUGACGGAGGUGAAGAAGGGCAAGAAAGCCAUGGACAGGGUGGGCACUGGAGGUACCAUGAAGGCCAGUGGGGGCUCCUCACGAGAUGAUGGCUACGACAGAGGAGGAUCUGGCAGAACAAGGGUUAACUUUGAGAGGGGGCAUUGAACAUGCAUUUUUCAUUGCAACAGUUUGGGUAGCUUAGGUUGCCAAACCUUCUUUUAUGCGAUUUAGUUUUAGUAGGUGAGCUAAGAUUAAAGAUGUUUUUUUCACCUGAUGCUCUGCUGUUGUGUAAAAAUAUAUGCAUUGCCUUCUUGAUAAGAACCAUACCUCUGUUUACUCAAUAGUGUUAUGUUUACAUUGC